CUAAUUGUGCAAUUUAUCAAACAAAAUCCAAUGAUGUAAAAAAGCCCAAGUGUGUUAAAGCCAUUCCCUAGAACCCUUGCUAAGAAGUUUAUAUCCCUUCGAAACCUUGCCUUCAACACAUAACGCCUUUACUAGGUAUCCAACACUCUCAACAUCAAUGUUAGCCACAGCACCAGAUUUCAAUAUACGUCCAUACAAUGUUCAAAUCAGAUCAGUCCUUCCAACCUUCAAACAACUCAAUAGAGAUAUCUUCCAAGUUUUCACUGACGGAACUGCUAAGGCACUUUAUGUAACCCUCUCAUGAAUGAGGCUCAGGGUUAAAAUUAGGGAAAUCAAGUAAGAUCUUUGCAGCUUUAAAUGCACCGUAUCUACAAGUUGAUCAAAUAGGACACUGCACUAAGAUUAGUCCGGUGAGAAGCCACAAGAAGAAUAAAGCCAGAUCAAAAAUUAAAGGGAGAGGAACCAUUCUGGUGGGUCAGGUAAUGUAGGAAGAAAGAAUGGUCUUUGAAAUUGAAAGAUGGGUAUUGGGAAAGAAGGGUAGUCUCCCAUAGCUUUGUGCGAGUAACUCUGCAAAUUUCUGCAUAACCUCUAGAACGCAUAUCAAAUGCAGAGUAAUUGAUCUUGCACUCGGACAACACCGCGAUGGGAGACUACCUUUCUUUCCCAAUACCCAUAUUUCAAUUUCAAAACCCUUCUUUCUUGCUACAUUACCUGACCCAGCAGAACAAUGCGCUCCUCUCCCUUGGAUUCUUUCACUGGCUUUGUUCUACUUGUGGCUUCUCACCGGACCAAUCUUCGUGCAAUGUCCUCUUUGAUGAACUUGUGGAUGCUGGGGCAUCUAAAGCUGCAAAGGCGUUGCUUGAUUGGCCCGAUUUUAACCCUGGGCCUCAUUCAUUGGAGGGUUACAUAAGGAGCCUUAGCAGUGGUGGAAUGGUUGAAGAUGCACUCCAUGUGUUUGAUGAAUUGCAAAAGGUUGGAUUUUGUCCGUCAGCGGAAACUUGGAAGAAAUCUCUAUUGGGUUGUUUGAAGGUUGGGAGGACCGAUCUGGUUUGGACAUUGUAUGGGCGUAUGUUGGAAUCUGGUGUUGCGGCUAACAUUGAUGUUGAGAUUGUUGGAUAUCUGGUAAAGGCGCUAUGUGUUGAAGGCAAGGUUUCGAAGGGAUAUGAACUUCUUAGGCAGGUUCUAGGGAAUGGCUUGAGUCCUGACAAUACUGUUUUUAACACACUUAUUAGAGGGUUCUGUAAGAAUGGAGAGUAUGAUAGGGUAUCUGAGAUCCUUCAUAUCAUGAUUGCCAAGAAGGGUAAUCCAGAUAUCUUUACUUACCAAGAAGUCAUCAAUGGACUCUUGAAAGAGAACAAUUCUGAGGGAUUGCGGGUUUUCAAUGAUAUCAAGGAUAGAGCGUAUUUCCCUGAUAGAGUCAUGUACACAACAGUGAUCGAAGGCCUCUGCAAGAAGGGACAGCUUGGUGUCGCAAGGAAGUUGUGGUUUGAGAUGAUUCAAAAAGGGUUACUUCCUAAUGAGUAUACCUAUAAUGUAAUGUUACAUGGGUAUUGUAAGGCUGGUGAACUUGUUGAGGCAAAGAAGCUCUUUAAUGAUAUGCGUUCUAGAGGUUAUGUAGGAAACACAUUCAACUACACCACAAUGAUUUCGGGUUUGUGUUCACAUGGUGAGGCACAUAAAGCAUGGGUCUUGUUUCAAAAAAUGCCUCAAAGGGGUGUGGUUCGUGAUUUGAUCACUUACAAUUCUUUGAUUAAUGGACUUUGCAAUGAGGGGGAUCUUGUUAAGGCAACAAAACUUUUUAAUGAACUUCAGACACAGGGUUUACAGCCAUCGGCUUUCACUUUUACUCCUCUUAUAAAAGGACUUUGUAGAUUUGGAGAAACGCAGGAGGCAAUCAGGUUAUGGAAUGAUAUGCGCGAUCGGCAUUUAAUACCACCCUCUAUUACACACGACCAUAUUAUUAAGGGGUUAUGUAAAGAAGGCAAUUCUGCAGAGGGAAUGAAAUGGCUGCGAAGAAUGGUGAGAUGGGAGCUAAAACCAGUGCGGAAGACUUUGGAGAUCCUGAUUUGCACUCUAUCACAAGAGAAAAGGUUAGAUGAUGUUUUGAUUGUCUUAGAUUCAAUGUUUAGAUUGGGAUAUACACUUGAACAUAGCACAAUUCAUUUUUUAGUGACGAUAUUUAACUGGAAAAAUGAUUGCUUUACUAGUUUAUGUUUGGAGAAGAUAUUAGGAAAUAAAAGAUAAGUUGAUGUUGUGUAUAUCUGACUUUGUAACAUCUUUUUCCAAUAGAAUGAAGAAAUUGAGUAUCUCUUGUAA